AUGACUCAACUCGCCAAGCUUCUCGUCAUCCUGGCAGCUGCCAGUGCAACCCUCAGCGCCCCAACCAUGAAGCCUCGCCAGCUCGCUGGUGAAGGCAGCUUCUUCGACUCAGUGUUCAGCGGCACCGAUAACGGUGUUGUUUAUGGUUUCGAAAACGCUGAAGACAACGCUGCCACUCUCCUUGGCGGCAAAACUACCACUGGAGGCGGUGGCAGCACCAGCAACCCACUUCCUCCUCCUCCCAAGGUCAAGAGACAGCUGAUAAAAUUGCCAACGACAGAUGGGGAUAAUGUUGAUGGGCAGCUAACUCAGGAUGCGGCAACUCUUGGAGCUCAGGUUGGAGGAGAUGAGGAGGAUGUUCUUGAGCGUACGGGCGAUACGGUUCCCAAUCCGUUCAAGCCUCAAAGCCCCCGUGCCGCCCGAUGGACACUCGGUUGGUAUACUUGGAAAGUUUGGCAAGGUUCUUUCGAGCAUGCUAACUGUGAUUUACACAAGAAAUAUGGCUCUGUCGUUCGCUAUACACCCAACCGCUACAGCUUCGGCGACCUCGAGGCAGUCAAAGUCAUCUACGGUCUGGGUACCUCAUUCCCAAAGUCUCCAUGGUACAUACCCUGGGGCAAUCCAGGAUCUAACAAUCUGUUCAACGAGAGAUCCUUGGCCAAGCAUGCACACGAUCGAAAGCAAUACCAGUCCACUUACUCCAUGUCUUCCUUGGUCAACUACGAAGCCUUUGUUGACGAGUGUGCCGAGCUGUUGAAGAACCGCCUGUCAGAGCUAUGUGCGGCAAGUCAAGCGGUUGACAUGCAUCAUUGGCUUCAAUGCUAUGCCUUUGAUGUGAUUGGUAUGAUCACGUAUGGAAAGCGUCUGGGCUUUCUCGAUAGAGGAGAGGACGUGGGAAAUGUCAUCAACGCCUUGGGAAAGAUACUCGGCUAUUCGACAAUCGUUGGCAUUGUUUUCCCCACCCUCCACAAUAUCAUUAUUCCGGCCAUGAACUUCUUUGCAGGGAGUAAAGGACAAGAUGGAGCUUAUGUGACUGCAUUCACCAUGGCAAGGAUCCGUGAAGCGCAGUCAAAUCCUAAAGCUGUGAUCUUGGACGACAGUGACGCCUCAACACAGUCUUUCCUUAUGAAGUUCCUUGCCAAAAACACUUCAAAGCCAGAUGCAUUCACCUCCUGCCAUGUUAUAUCCGGCUGUCUUAUCAACAUGAUCGCAGGAUCUGAUACAACUGCAAUCAGCCUCUCAGCUGUGCUGUACUAUCUUCUGAAGAACCCUUCGUGCAUGGACAAGCUACAAGAAGAGGUUGACACGUUUACUGCAAAUGGCCAACUAUCAACUUAUGUCACUUAUAAAGAGAGCCAGGCAAUGCCGUACUUGCAGGCGGUCAUUAAGGAAGCCUUGCGGUUACAUCCAGCCACUGGACUACCCCUUGAGCGCGUGGUGCCCGAAGGUGGUGCUGCCAUUUCAGGUCGUUUCUUCCCCGAGGGUACUGUCGUCGGGAUCAAUACGUGGGUUGCGCAUAGAGACCGCAGCAUCUUUGGACAGGACGCAGAUUCAUUCUCGCCCGAGAGAUGGCUGCAAGAUGAUGAAGAGCGCGUCGCUUUGAUGAACCGCUUCUGGAUGCCGUUUGGCCUUGGCUCUCGCACCUGUAUCGGUCGUCAUAUUUCCAUGCUCGAAAUGUGCAAGCUCAUUCCUGCUCUGGUCCGAGACUUUGAGUUUGCUCUCGAUGAUAAUUUGCGUCAGAAUGAGUGGAAGACCCGGAAUUACUGGUUUGUGAAGCCGCUCGACUUUCAGGUCUGGGUUAAACCAAGGACAAGUGCAGGGUAA